AUGGUCGGGGUAGCUGGCAGGUCAAAGGGCUGUAAAACAUGUCGGCGACGGAAGAAGGGCUGCGACUUUGGGCAACCGAUUUGCGAAAACUGCAAAAGAACAAACAACUCCUGCGAGUACGACCGACAGCAAGUAUUCAUCAACGUGACCGCCCCGACUUCAAGCAAGGGAUCGUCCGCCAAGUCUUCGCUCCCCUCCACCGACAUCGUGCUUCCGCAAACACUGGCCCGAUCAGCCUACGAAGACAAGUAUCUGAGCAUCUUCUGGGACAUCUGGUUUCCUUGCGGCCCUACCUCCGCGGACUGCUCAUCCAAGUACCCGAUCUCGAGCUGGACCACCUCGGCGAGAGACCUCUACCGACAUGACGCCGCGCUGCGACGAACGCUGCUUGCCAUGUGCCUGAGUACUCUCGGGAGGAAAGAGAACCGGCCGAGUCUCAUGGCGGAUGGAUUUCAGACGUACGUCAAGGCCUUGAGGGAGGUGAAUGUCAGUCUUCGGAACCCCAAGAGGUGGAGCUCUGACGCCGUGGUGGUUGCGUCGCGUGGCCUUGGGUUAUUUGAGCUUCUCUAUGGAGUUCAAGACGAAAGCCAGGUUGAAGGCUCUCAGGCCAAGAGUUGGCAUGGCCACAACGUCGGCGAAUUGGCUCUCAUCCAGCAAAGAGGCCCGGAAGCUUACACCGACGGUGACGCGCAUUGGCUCUUCGCGGAAGGAAGGAUGCACCUCGCCAUAGCCGGGUGCAUGAGUAGGAAGAGAUGUUUCCUGAGCGACUUGAGGUGGAAGACUAUCCCGUGGUCGAAGAUACCCAAGACUCCCAAGGACGUCAUGCUUGAUAUCCUGACAGACGUGCCUGCGCUCCUUCAGGACCUCGACCUUCUGCAACAAGCGAUGACCUCCAACAUGAGCCGUCGCUUUCUAAGAACCUACCGACGUCUGGACAAGGAGAUAGUUUGGUGGCUUGAGAACCUCAGUCCUCCCCAGAAGACCCUUGACGCCCUUCACGAGCGUCAUUACGAGAACCCCACGGCUGAUGAGCUUGCAGUCGCCCACGUCAUGACAUACUUCUGGACCGCCUGUAUCUUUGUCUACAGCUCACUCCACACAACUCUCCUAGCACCUUUGGAGAUUCUCGGGGCCGAUGCGGUGGAGUUAUCAGAAAGAACAGAUCCGCGCCGGUACUGCAUGAAGAUAGCAGAUACCGUUGAAGUCUUCUUCCAGCCAGAAGCGGGCACCUUCGGGAUGCAUGCCGCGCCGUUUCCCAUUGGCAUAGCCAUGAAGUAUCUCAUGCUCACGGAGGGGUACACUGAAGACUUCAUGAGGUUCCUGGAGUACUUCAGUCGGCAAAGCGAUGGAGAGGCCAUGGGGCGGUUUUUGGUGAACUCGCUUCCCGAAUGGAUGACCAAGGACGAGUCGAUCCCUCAAAUACCAAGUUGA